ACAAUGGCAUCUGGACUAACACAAGAGGAAGAAAACUAUGUCAGAAUGAGCUUGCUACUGACAGGAAUAUCUCCUCGUGCAGCAAGAGUCUUGUUUGAUAGUGAAUUUGCUCCAGCAUGCUUGAAUUCAUCGCUGAAAAAGGAUUACAACAAAUUGAGAGACCUUCAGAAAAAGCGAAUUAUCAAUCAGCAACAGUGGAACUUGCUGUUUCCAAGAUUUCCUGAUGUACCUGAUUCUAAAACAUUUGAUGUAACUCUAGUGAUAACAUUACUUAGAAACCUGGCAAACUUGUCCCCGUGUCAUGGUGACUAUGACUUGUUGCCACCUCCUAAUGAAACAACACCUACUUCAGAUUUGGCCAGGAUUAAAUAUUACAGAAAUAUGCUGGCUCACCUGGAUGAGGGGAAAAUGGAUAAUGUUAUGUUCAUCAAAGCAUGGAACGAUAUUACUGGAGUAGCAUGUUUAGCUUUGUGUUUUUCUGGUAUUCUGACGAAAAACUUGACAUCAUAA